AUGAAUCAUCAAAGUAAUAUUCCUUCUAACGAACAAUCGAGUGCUCCCGCUAUUCCUGGCGAAACUUAUUCUGGACACUAUCGUAUUCACCAAAACUUAAACAUCCCGACUAAUACUAUUAAUAUCAACAAUAUACCUGAACAGGAUCCAAAUGGUGAUAGAAAUGACAAAAGACUGUUUUUUAUGGCCGUUGUUGAAAUUUUAACCGUGGCAACGAUCACGGCAGCAACAACCACGGAA